AUGGUAAUUGAAUGGGAAAUAGCUAAGAAAGCAUUUUGUUUACGAAACAUAAAAUGGCAAGAAGUACCAGAGAUGAUAGAAAUUUGUAAUGAAAUAGCUGAGGAAAUGUUUGAAAUUGAUAAAGCACUUCAUGCUAUAUGCUGUUUAGCACGAUUUGAAACAUCAGCAAAUUUUCUGGCAAUGAUUUGG